UUAUAUUCUUUUACAAUGCCAAUUAAUGUUUAUGAGGGUGAAAUUUCUUCAAUCGAUGAAGAUUUAUUAUCAUUUCAAAUAAAAGGAGAAUCAAAUAUAUUUUAUGCAGCAAAAUGGGUACUUGCAAAUAAAACCUUUUUUACACCAAAUUACAAAAUUACAAUUAAAAUAUGUCAUGAUACGGAGGAGAAAUAUCCAAUAUUGUGUGAUAAAUGUCAGAUUGAGUUUCCGAUAAUAACAGAAAAAUACAAUAAUGAUUUACUUGAUUUAAUAAUAAAAUAUAACUUAGAUGAAGAUUAUAUGAAGGAAGUGUAUAAACAACACAGAAAUUUGUUUAAUGAAUAUUUCGAUGUUCGAGAUGGAAACAUAAUUUUACAAGUUUUAAAAGAAACAUUAAUAAUUAAUAAUAAUCGGUUUAAUUUAAAACCAAUUAGUGCUUGUAAAAUAGUUGAUAACACCAAUAUUAGAUACCAAUCAUUUCCAUUAUGGACUUAUACCUUUCACAAAGAACGUUUUGAUAAUCAAAAAAACCUUAACAAUUACAUUAUUGGAUUUUUAAAAAUCAACAAUAUGUUUGGGGUUCCUAUGCUUGUAGAUUCGCAAUGGAAUGUACCCGUUUUUAUAUUCAAAAAUAAUGAAAUUAAAAAGUAUAUUAAUCAUUUUGUGUUAAUUAAAGAAACUUUGCUUAUUGCUGAAAUUUUUAAUGUACCAAAUCAGGAAACGAUCUCUUGUGUAAUUCUUAAUAGUGAUGAUAUUAUUCCAUUAAAUUUAAUUUCGAAUGUUGCAAAUGAUGACGUGAAUGAUUUUAAGGUGGUAUCAAAUAGAAUUAUAGUUAACUUAAGUCAUAUUGGUCCGGUUUUAAAGGGUCAAACAGAUCAAGAAGAAUGUUGGAUUGAAGCUCAUAAUAACAAACUAGGAAAAAUAUUUAUCAUACUUUCUAAUGAAUUACUAAAAGUGAGACCUUUAUUAUCUAUUAAUUGUGAAUAUGAUGUCGUACAUAAAUAUCCUUUACAACCAUAUAAAUGGAGGGAAAUUAAUAGACUUUAUAACCGUAAUGGGUUUAUAUUUAAAGAAUCCACAACAAAGUUCGUUUUUAAAUCGUUUUCUAAUUUAUCUCAACAAUUAUUAAAUGUUCAAGAAGCUAUUACAUAUGUUAGAGAAAAAACUGAUGAUGUUAACAUAACGGGGUUAAUAGCGCAAAAACUUUUUAAGAACCUGGCAAAAUCGUUUUAUGGUGGAAAACGAUAUCAAUUACCUUUUGGAACACCAGGUGAUUCGACGCAAGUUAUUGUUCUUAAACAAAAUGAAGCGAGUGUUAGGAUUUUUUUAAACGAUUUUAAUAGAUAUCUUUAUCCAUUUGGUUUAAUCCCUGGUAUGGUUGUAAACAUAUAUAGAGUGCGACCUCAAAGUAAAACGUAUUUUAAGUGCACACCAUUGACAACUUUUGAAUUUGUCGAAUUUAACACCCCGUCAAUAAUCCCAGCAAAUUUGCACAGUUUAUAUAAAAAUUUUCAAGAGGUGAAACAAAUGCAUUAUGUGAGUAAUGUAGAGGAUGAACUAUUAUUUCCAUUUGAUAUAGUUUUUUUGUUUCAAUUAAAAUCAGUUUCUGUUGAUCAAGGGUUGAUUGUUUAUGAUGAAGAAAAACAAAAAAUGAAAGUUGAUAUAUUGUUAAAUUGUAGUGAUCACGGUUGUUAUCAACUUCAAGUAAAAUCUGAAUCGGUAUUAAAAAGUCUUUUAUGUGCCAAUAAAGAGUCUUAUGAAAUAUUUUGUAAAGCUAUAAAGGAAAUUAAAUACUUUAAAUAUUGUGAAGAUGAUGCUAUAAAAAAUGAUAUUGAAGAUACAGAUGAAGUAAAUAUUUUUAAACAUUCACUUAAUUUGGCGAUGUACAUGUGGCGUUUAAGAAACUAUGAAAUUGAAGUUUAUGUUAGAAGAACAUUGAAUACAAGUUCAACUGCGUUCUAUACGACAGUGGACUUUUAAGUUAGAAUAAAUUAUUAUUUAAAUUUGUCGUUUUACAAAUUCAUUCCCCGACAUAAUUAAUUGUUCUUAGCUCGUCCAUACUGUUAAGCUCCCAAGCAGCUCUGCCUACUCUCACGUCCUCGAAUAUCCAAUAAUCGCGUGACCGCCUGGGUGAGCUCUCAAAUUUCGGUAUAGAUCGGUUAAGGAAUGGAAACCCCGAAAGAAAAGUCUGUGGUCCUUCAGGAUGGAGGUUGAACAACAGGCCAACGACACGUUCUCUGAAAAAUAUGAUGGUUACAAAAAUUCCAUAAUAAGACUAAUAACCCACCCACGGAAAAAAACAUGAAGAAAAAAAGGCAUUUUACGAAACCCAAGAAACGGCAUAAAGGUAAUACUGGAAGACUUUAACGCAAAAAUGCUAUUGGAAACUAUGCCUCAAUGAAUGUGCUUGUAGCUAGACUCAGACCACUAUCUAGUUCAAUCAAAAAUAAGAGCAAGAAUAUCUGAUGUUAAAAAAGAAAAAGGACAAAGAGAGGACAACCUCAACUUGGAAGCUCUCAAAAACCUUGAGCUAACUAGAAAAUUUGAACAAGGACUAGGAGCAAAACUACAAGAACAAAUGGAUAGAGCAUGGCAAGACAUUGAUGAAUAUAGACGCAAAUGCAGGGCUAUACUGGGAGGAAGCAAUGGAAGAAUUGGGGAGGUUCUGGUCCACCAUACUACCUAUCUUGGCUAAUCUGGAAGCACUUAAAACUCUCAAAAAACUGGAAUAUAGGUAUAACAGAAUAUGGAGAAGGCGUUAUAAUUUUAUUGUGAAGAACCGAUUAUUGUACAAUCCAUCAAAAUUAAUAGGUAAAGGUGACUUGGCCAUCUAGAAAACAUGGAAUCAGGUGGAAGAAUGUCUAAAAAUGGGUUUUGGUGCCAAUAAUGACGAUGACUUAUGUAUAGGCAACCAACAUUACACCAAACAAUUUUCUUUGAACUCAAUUUGAGGUUAUGUUAAAUUAUUUAUUUAAUUUCAAAGUUCAGAUAUUAAUCUACUUUUACAUUUAAAAACGUUUCCAGCUUAAGGUGUAAAAUGGAACCUAGAUUUCUGCUAGUUAAGAAAGGUUUUAAUAUGGUUUUAGAUAAAAUUAAAAUUAUUUCUGUAAAAAACGGGUCAUUAAAGGCAGAAUUUAAGCCACGGCUAUAGAUGUUUUAACUGGUAUUGGUUUACAAUCAACAUCCGAAAAAAAAUUAACUUAUGUUUCACUUGAUCUACAUUUAAGCUUUUUAGAGCCAACACGUUUGGGGGAUGAGAUUCUAAUUGAAACUAAAACAUUCAAAAAAGGAAGGACUUUGUGUUUUCUUGAGGCAGAAAUGAGAAAUAAACUCACUAAUAAUUUAUUAUUAAAAGGGGAACAAAUAGUUUAUUUAAUGAAUAAGUAAAUUGAUACAAAUAAUCUUAAAAUAAAACUAUUUUUCCUUUUUCUCUUUCUUAUUAACCCCUUUUUGAGCAACAUCUACACUUCCCACAUAAUAAUAACUACCCAAAACCGAUGCUAUAACUAACGGAAUAAUUGUGAGCAUUUUAACAGCAUUUUGUAAAUAAAUAUCACAUAGAACUCCCAAAAUAACAGGAGCAAUAACACUACUCAACGUGUUAACAGUUUUUAAAUCACCAACUAAAUUAUCGAUUUUAAAAUUAUCCUCAAUUUCUUUCCACGCUGAAUCAACAAGCACUUUCGAUAAUGCCAUAAAAACGAAACCGAUUAAAUACAUUUCGUAAGUUGGCGCAAAACAAAUAGCAGUUGAACUUAUCGCCAAAACACUUAAAAAUCGCCUCAGUUUGUGAAAGUUUUUUACAGUUAACUUUUUUUCAAAAAUUUUUAACGAAAACGAACAAAGUAAAAGAACGAAGUUUUGAUAGGCUAUUGUCCACCCAACUUGCGAAUGCGAUGACAAAUAAUGAACUUUUAACAACACAGGAAACUUUGUAAAAAAAACUGUUAAACCAAACGUGAUUAAAAAGCGAAGUAAAAAAAUGUUUUUUAAUUGGAUAUUACUUAAAGGUUGGAAUGUUUCAUAAAUGAUAUUUUUCAAUGAUAUUUUUGAAUCCUUUUCUGGAGUUGAUGGAAGAAAACCGGAUAAAAUCAAAGAAAUCAGAUAAAAAGAACCAGUUAAAAGUGAUAACAAAUAAAAUCCUGUAGCUGUCUCAAAAAUAUAUCCACCCAAAAUCGGUCCUAAUAUAAACCCAAAAAUACCUAAAAUAUUUAAAAUUGCAUUUUGAUCCAAAUUAAACGCUUUAAUCGCACAUUGAGUUUGAUUGGUCAAAU